AAAAUUAAAAUAAUAAGAGAGAGAAAGAGACCCAAACACUCUCUCUCUCACUGAGUGCAGAUUAUUGACUAUGUUCCAUCUAAACCCAUAAAGCUAUGGCCUUCCCUCCCAACAAUCUCACCGCCACUCCCCAUCGCCGUUUCACCUUCCUCCUCCUUUCCAAUGCCGUCGCCGUUUCUUUUCCGGUGACCUUUCUUCUCUUCAAUGUCUCUCUCUCCUCGUCAUUCUGCCGCUUCUUCCUCCGAUGACUCUGCCAUUUUCAGCCUUCUUCAGUCGGAACUCGACCACAUGCCUCGCCGUGACUACGUUCUCCGGUGUCGUGACCGGUCCAUCGACGUCACCGCUCGCCAUGACUCCAUCAACUGGAUCUUGAAGGUGCACGCUCACUACAACUUCAAACCGGUCACUGCGAGUCUCUCCGUUAAUUACUUCGAUCGCUUCCUCUCCUCCAAUUUCCUUCCGCGGCGGAAUGGAUGGCCGUUUCAGCUGCUAUCGGUGGCGUGUUUGUCAUUAGCAGCGAAAAUGGAGGAGCCUCAGGUCCCAUUGCUUUUGGACCUCCAAAUCUUCGAGCCUCAAUACGUCUUCGAGCCCAAAACGGUCCAGAGAAUGGAGCUUUGGGUCAUGUCUAUUCUCAAUUGGAGAUUACGCGCCGUCACGCCUUUCGAUUUCCUCCACCACUUCAUCUCCGAUCUUCCUUCUUCUUCCGCCGCAGACGGCGGCGAUUGCGAUAGUGACGGCGACGACUGCCAUCUUCUCUUCUCAAUUUCUUCCGAUCUCAUUCUUAGCACUACACGCGUGAUCGAUUUCUUGGGGUUCCGGCCGUCCGCCAUUGCUGCCGCCGCCGUUCUCUGCGCUGCUGGUGAGCGAUUGGAUUCUCCAGCGGUUUGUGGCCAUUUCCUUACGGCGGACAGAGUCGAAAUGGUGAGAAGCUGUCACCAACUAAUGGAGGAGUACGUGAUUGACACGUGUCCGUUAGGUCUCCGAAAACAACGGAAUGAAGAAGCCGAGCAGCCGGCUCCCCCGAGUCCAGUCGGUGUGCUCGACGCGGCUGCAUGCGGUAGCUGUGACACGCGCUUGGACAAUCUCGGCUCUACUAGCCAUGAACCCGCCGCUCCCUCAGCCGAACCUCAGACUAAACGGCUGCGAUCCUCUGCGCCGGAUGUACAGGAGCAGUGAUAAGACCUUCGUGUCAUUUGUUAUAGGGAGGGUGAAAGAAAGAGAGCUUUUUUUUAUUUUUAUAUAUAUAUAUUUAUUUAAUUUUAGUUUUUAA